UGCAUGCAUGGAAAGAGUGUGAUUGUGAGUGGGUGUGUGUGGGUAUGUCUCUCAGGUAUGUAUGAAUAAUAUUACUAAUAGUUGUUAUUAGUGUUUAAAGAUGUCAUCAAUCUAUCAACCAGUGGGGAGGGACUCUCACUCUACAGUACAGGUAGGAGACUACUUGUACAUGUGGGGUGGGGACCAGCCUGGUCUCCCUGCAGUACACAAUGAUGAGGAGAAGCAAUCAAUCUGUUCUGUAGUGGAGGUGUGUCACCUACCAACUGGUACAUGGGUACAAAAGCCUACCACUGGUGGCCCUCCUCUUGGUGUUCAAGCAUAUGCUGCUGCUGUCAUUAGAAAUGAAAUAUUCUUUUAUGGAGGCUUCUGUGGUCAUGACAAAUGUUAUCACAAUAGUUUAUACAGUUUCAAUGUUGAUACCUUCAAUUGGAAGGAACUCUCUCCUACUACAUCUCAUCAUGGUCCUAAGAUGAAGGCUGGCUGUGGCAUGGUUGCACUAUGCAUUAAUGAUGAAGACUAUCUUGCUGUGAUUGGAGGAUUGGGUCCAAUUGAUAAUAACACCCCACCACAACCUGGUGCCCAGUACAGGGAAGAGGCUUAUCAACGUUGCAAUGAAGUACAUUUUUACAGAUUAAAAACAGAUGAAUGGACUUCACCAACUGUCACUGGAGACAGACCACCUCCUAUUAAUUCCUUCACUUUAACAUCAAUAACUAAUACCACUGCUAUAUUGUUUGGUGGUGAUAUUGAUCAAGACAAUGAGAGUAAUGAUGUAUAUACAUUUGAAUUUGCUAAUAUGUCAGUGAAAUGUACCAAGCUUUCUAAUCCUGGAGGAUCAGUUCAAUGGCCUAAGAAGAGAUCUUCUCAUUCCAGUGUAUUGAUUAACUGUAGCUCAGGACCAUACCUACUAGUGAUGGGUGGAAUCGGUGGAUAUCCUACCAAGGACUGUUGGUUGUUAAAUAUAAACAAAAUGGAAUGGAAAAAACUGACUAAAAUACCAGACAGUGUCACUGAAAUGAUUGGGCAUUCUCUCUCAGUUUGGAAUGAGACACAGACGACUCACUGGAUAAUUGAGUUUGGAGGAAAGGGGAACGAUACAACAUUUAUUGAAAUCAUAUCUAGUACUGGUGAUUUGGUAGUACAGUCAGUACUGGACAUUAAUGAAUAUCAGAAGAGAAGAAUAAAAGACACCGAAUCUGAUAAAGACAUUCUGGACAAGAAGCCACAAAAGGGUGACCUCCUUAGGUUAUUCAAAAGUUCAUCUGCCCAUUAUUCAACCAUUGGUACUGCACUUGAUGUUCAAGUGGAUGACUUGUUGCAUAGUCCAAUGUUAGCCUCUGAUAAGCUCAUACUAGUGUUCCAGAGAUGGAUAGACUCCAAUAGAGGAGUGACCUGGAGAACAGUACUUCAAGUUUGUGAAGAUUUUCCAGACCAACUUGGACAAGCAAAGGCUGAAGUGGAAGGAUUCCUAUCAUCAGACAGAGCCCGUUAUAAUUAUUAAGAAUAAUAAUAUACUGUCUUUUCCUGUGUGACCGAUAUUGCUAAUACUAUAAUAUAUUAGUUUUUUUAGUCCUUUUAAGCUCA